AUUAAAUUAAAAUUAAUUGUUGAGAAAUUUAUUUAGAGAAAUUGGUUUACUAAAAGAUGCCUUGGAGUCUUCUUCGAUCUGAAUGCGGAAAAUGUUAUUUACCACAAAGAUUCAUUUUGGUGAUGCUAAUUACGGCCGCUAUAAUUGUUAGUUAUGGACAACGUGUUAAUUUCAGUAUGGUUGUUGCUGAAAUGGCUGUAAAAUGCGAGAAAACAGCCCCGAGUCCUUGUGCUGUAGAACUUAACGGAACUACACUACGAUCUAGAGCUAACGAUGAGAACAAACAACAAUGGAGUCAACAAGACCAAGCAGUUUUAUUAGCAUCAUUCUUUGUAGGAUACGUUUUGAUGCAUCUCCCCGGUGGAUACAUCUCCGACAAAUUUGGAGCUCGCAUCAUCUUUACUUUAUCAAUUUGCAUAUCAUCGUUUUGCACGAUUCUUUUCCCUUUAAUUGUUGAUUAUUGUGGAUUUGUUUGCGUUGUUAUUUUUAGAGCGAUUAUCGGGAUUGCUCAAGCGAGUGUCUUCCCAAAUGUAACUACUUUAAUGGGACGAUGGAUACCAAAAACUGAAAGAGCAACAAUGGGUGGAAUUGCUUUUGCUGCAAAUUCAUGGGGAAUCGUAAUCGGGAAUUUAGUGACGGGGGUUUUUCACCAAGCGUUAGGUUGGAGAUCGGUUUUUUAUAUUUGGGGGGCUUUGGGAAUCACUUGGUAUUUUUUCGCGCUAAUUUGGUUGUAUUCCGAUCCCGAUUCUUGUCCUGUUAUAACUGAAAAAGAGUACGCCUUCUUAAACGAAAAUAUUCCGAAAAGGGAAGAAUUAAAAUUGGACGUAAAAGGAAUUUUAUUGGAUCCGGCAGUUUGGGCUUUGGUAGCCGGCCAAUUUGGGCACGCUUAUUUAAUUUUUUUCUUGGCCACGAACAUGCCAAAAUAUUUCUCUGAGGUUUUAAAUGUUAACAUGAAACAAAAUAUGUGGGUGAACUCGAUGCCUUAUAUCCUCCAGUGGAUUUCUAGCGUGAUUAGUGGCCAAUUGGGCGAUUAUAACAUCAAAAAAAGGGGAUGGGAUGUUAAUUUUACAAGGAAAUUUUACACAACUGUAGCGUCUGUUCUUCCAAGCAUUUGCUUAUUAAUAAUGCCGUAUUUAGAAUGUGAGGUUAUGGGUGUAAUCAUUCUUUUAUGUUUAUCCCUUUUUACAAUGGGCCCUUUUUAUUGUGGUUUAAAAGUCAACGUAAUCGAUUUAACAAAGAAUUUUUCCGGCUUCGUUAUGGCGAUUGUUAAUGGUUUAGGCGCUGUUGCCGGGAUUAUGAGCCCUUCAAUAGUCGGGUGGCUCGCACCUGAUGAAUCCGAACUUGUCGUCUUGGACUUUUCCUCCAAUUAGCUAACAUAAUAAUGUAAAACAAAUUUGGUUAAUAUUAUUUGAAGAUCUACACAACUUGUAUCGGGUCCAAUCUGUAAUUAAUUUCCUGUAUGUUAAGUUAAUUUGUGAAGUGAAGUACAAAAAGGUUAUAAACCUUUUAGUACUACAUGCGAAACACUUAAUACUGUUGGAAAAACAGAUGAUUAUCAUAGGAGAAGUGCAGAAACUACUAUUUGAAGACUAAAUAUUGCUUGCAAAAAUCUAGAUACUACUGGCAGAAGACAUUUCCAUUGCGUAAAACUACUAACUGUUAAUAAAACACUUGACACUGCUUGAAUUGGCAUCGAUGUAAGGCCUCGGCCGCAAGCGACUUCGGCUUACUUACUCGA